UUGUGUAUUGUAUCUCCGCUGCCACUGCGGUAGGACGUUUAAGAAGACCAUUAAAACGCCACACGUGCGUGUAAAGUAAUGUUUUAUCGUAUAAUUUUGGGGGGCGCGGUUGCUCCUUUUUCGUUUUCGUAGUUUUUUGUUUGUAUGUAUGUGAUGUAUCCCUGACAACUCAAGUCAUGCGAAGUUGGGAUCAAGUGUUUUUUUUCCGUGGAAUAAAAUGGAUAUUUUUCAACUGUAGCCACCGGAAAUGAUUGUGCUGUGUUUUGGAACUUUGCAGAAGACUUUAUUAACCGUUUGGACACAAUUCGGAAUACUAAACCAUGUGUGGAGGGACAAAGUGAAACAAUAGUGAGUGUUAGAGAGAAAGCUCAUCCGGGGGAGGUCUAUUCCGCGAGGGGGGCUUUGUUCUGUCCUGUGGAGCACAUCGAUUGAUUGAUCGAUUGCUUGAUCCACAGCCCGAACCACCAUGGAUGUGACUCUUUCUGAACUCCUGGUUGCCUUCUUGGAGUCCCCACUCGUGUUGUGGGUGCGGACAUUAGGCCCGCUGGGGUCAUGUGAUGACGUGGGCUCGGAGGAGCGUGUCAACAUGUUCAUCGAGCUGGUGGAUGGCGUCUUCCUGCACAAGAUCAUGACACACAUCGACCCCAGCCCAAAUAAUCAGAGGCUGAACAAGAAUGUGAACAAUGAUGUGUCACUUCGCCUUCACAACUUGACCCUUCUCACAAGACACAUCAGGACGUACUACCAGGAUACCCUUCAGCAGUUAAUAGUUAUGCCCCUUCCAAACAUUGUCUGCAUUGCCAAGGAUCCAUUAUCAGCAAAGAGCAUGGAGGAGCUGAAAAGACUUUUACUGUUGAUUCUUGGAUGUGCUGUCCAGUGUGAGCGUAAGGAGGAGAUGAUUGAAAAGAUCAAACUGCUGGACAUUGAGACCCAGGCAGCCAUUGUCUCGCACAUCCAGGAGGUGACCCACAAUCGACAGAAUGUUCUUGACCUUUCAUGGCUGGAGGAAGGAGCAGGACUUGCACAGGAAGAGCUGGAACCGUUGUCACGCAGCAUGGCUACAUCGCUACGGCAACUGAUUGAGCAGAGAGACAAGGCCAGUGAGGUCAUUGUAGAUCUCACCAAUGAGAGGGACUACUUGUCUAGCCUGUAUCCCCAGGAAAGACAAAUACGAAGCCCAGAGCAAGGGACCACUGCUGGAGGUGUGAUAGUGAAUAACGGGGGAUCCGCCUUGACUGUAACCAGCCUUACCAAAGAAGAAAAGCAACAUUUAUCAGUGGAGCUUGCUGAUACAAAGGCCAAGCUUCGCAGAUACAGACAAGAACUGGAGGAGAAGACGGAGCAGUUAAUGGAUUCCAGACAUGAGGUGGAGCGUCUGGAUCAGGAGCUACAAAGACUUAAACAAGAGAACCAGUCACUGUCUUGUGAGGCGCGCUCAGUGCGAGUGUACCGGGACGAGGUUGACUCCUUGAGGGAGAAAGCGGCCCGGGUCGACCGACUAGAAACAGAGUUGACCCGAUGUAAAGAGAAGCUUAAUGAUGUUCACUUCUACAAGGCCAGAAUGGAGGAGCUUCGCGAGGACAACUUGACACUGAUGGAGACAAAGAUAUUGCUGGAGGAGCAACUGUCGGUGUCCAGAGGGCGCUGUGACAAAGUGCACACUUUGGAGAAAGACAACCUGUUACUACGAGCUAAAAUACACGACCUGGAAAUGGUGAGGGACAAUGAGCGUCGCAGACUAGAGGAGCUGGUGGAGGAGAACAUGCUGCUAGAGAUUGGACAGAAACAAAGUAUGAACGAAUCAGCUCAUCUUGGAUGGGAACUGGAACAGCUGACCAAAAACCAGGACAAUUGUAGCUCCGAGACUCGGAAAUCGUUUGUACACGAACUCAAUGAGUGUGUCUCCAGCCGGGUUUUGAAGCUGGAGAAGGAGAACGGGGAGCUUCAAGCCACUAUUGAGAGACUGAAAGAAGAGAAUCACCUCCUGCAGGAGAAGCAACUCCAUGCUCAAGUGCUUGACAGAGAAAACCAGGGUCUCAGCAAGAAGUUGGAGCAUCUCCAGGGCUUGCUGGACCAGGAGAAACUAACCAAUCAAGACAUGGAGUCCCUUGGAGAGGAAUUAUUAAAGGAAAAACAAAAUCUGGAAAGAGAUAUGCAUGCUCUGAGAGCAGAAAAAGACAGACAGAUCUCAGAAUUGGAGAGCCAAAAGCAUCAUCUGUCUGAUGCAGUGGUAUCACUCCGUGAGCGUGCUCAGUCCGACAGUGAGGCAAGGGUCCGCGAGGUGGAGGCAGAGAACCGCCUCUUACACCAGGGCAUUACCGAUACCAGCGCCCGCUUGGCCAGCUUGGAAAUUCAACUCAAGCUUUCCAAAGAAGAGGAAGACCGGCUGAGGGAGAGAGCGGGAAGAUGUGAUGAGGUGGAGAGAGAGAUGGCCCGGGUAGAGAGAAAUAGGGAUGCUCUCAACAGAGAGGUGACAUCUUUGCGUGCAUGCAGUGAGCGCUCAGAAUUUCUAGAGAAGCAGGUGUCCUCCUUAGAGCAGGAGGUACACAGAUUAAAACGGGAGGCAGAGGAGGCCCAGCAAGGACUUCAGCAACUGAAAGCAGAGAGACAGGGAGCAGACAACAGCCUCCUCACCAAGGAAAACUUGGACCUCCGCUGCACUCUGGAAAACCUGCGUUCCUCUUCUGCUCUCCUCACAAAACAACAGGAGGAAAAUAGGGAGGUGCAGAGAAAAUUGCAAGAGCUGCAGAGGAGGUUUGAGGAGGUUGGAGUGGAGUUGCAAGGAGAGAGGAAGAGAGCAGAGAGACUGGAGGUGAAUAUCACCACAGUUAACCAGGAGAAGCAUCACUUAGAGGUCGAUGUCGAAAAGUUUAAAGUGGAGAGAGAAGAACUGCAGAGAGAAAAGCAGGGAGCGUUGAGUAGACUGGAAGAGCUGAGGAAGGAAAUAGGGGAGCUUAGUCAGGAGCGGAGGAGGAGAGAGGAGGGCGACAAGGAGAGAAGGAAGCUUCAACUGGAUCUGGACGAGUCUGAGAAGAGUAGGAAGCACCUGGAGAAAGAGAGCUGGAGGAUCAGACUGCUACUGGACAAUAAGGAGACAGAGCUGGAGGAGAAAUCUGGUCAAUUGGCUGUAGUACAGAAGGAGGUCCAGGCUCUGAGCAAAGAAGUUGAAAGGCUGAAGGAGGUGGCAGUCAAGACAAAGGAGUUGGAAAGGGACUACAAGGAGCUGCAGAAACAAGCGACCAUUGACAAGAGAACUUUGGCUACACUGAGAGAGGAGUUGGUGUCAGAGAAAUUGAGCGUCCAGCAGAACAGUGUUGAGUUAGACAGACUCAGUGAAGAACUGGAAAAGGUUGGGCUGAACCGAGAAAGACUUUUGCAGCAGGAGCACACGCUGGAGGAUAGCAAGUACAAGCUGCUUGAAUCCCGACUGGAGGAAACGGUCCAACAGGCGAUGAAGAUUAAAGAUGAGAAGAUAUCAAGUCUGGAAAAGAAACUGGAAGAUAGUAAUACACACAACAAGACACUACGUGCAGAGCUAGCUUCUGCUCUCCAUAGAGGAGAAAAGCACAACUUGCAUGAGUUCUCAAGAGGAGACGAGCGACGAGACUCGGCCACUACUGAGCUGCUCCAUAUCAAAGAUCAUCUAAUUGACGUAGAAAAGAGUAAUGCCUCGCUUCAGACUCAGAGCUGUUUGUUAAAGGAACAGCUGAAACAACUGGAGAACCAGAACACUUCACUGAACAAUCAGAUGGCAACACUGCAGCGGCACACUACAACACUGCAGGAGCAGAACACAUCUCUACAUACUCAGACAGCCAAACUUCAGGUGGAAAACUCCACACUGUCCUCCCAGAGUGCAUCGCUAAUGGCCCAAAAUGCCGUGCUGCAGGGCCAAGUCACUGCCUUAGAGACAGAGAUAGAGUCUUGGCAGAGACAGCGUGAGGAGGCAUGGCGAGGGCGAGAAAGUGUUCUCAAUGACCAUGAGCGCCUGCUGAGCGUUCAUGAGAGGCAAGCGCAAGAGUACGAGCAGCUGAUCAGUCAACACACCGCUCUGAAAGUCAAGCAGAGGGCGCUAGAGGCCGAACACAGAACAACACACAGCAAGUAUUGCGCUUUGUUACAGCAGAAGGAGAAAUGGGAGGAGCUAGAAGGACGUGGUCAGAAAGAGAGAGAGGAGCUAAACCUUGAGCACCAGAAGAAUCGACUACUGCAGCAAGAGAACCUUCAGCUGAAAGCUGAUGUGGAUAGGCUAUCACAUAGCCAAUCCCAGCAGUCGGAGCAGUACGACAAGCUCCAGCAGCGGAUGAACGAACUGAAGGGCUCAUUAAGCUCAGCCCAGCUGGAAGUAAGUCGCUGGAUGGCACAAUAUGACUCGCUCAUGGAGAAGCACCAGGGCUUGGACAUCACAAUGACGAAACUAGACAACCACUGUGAGCUGUUAAGCCGUCUGAAAGGGAACCUUGAAGAAGAAAACCAUCACCUCCUCAGUCAGAUCAACCUUCUUGGUCAGCAGAACCACACCCUGCUGGAGAGAAGCAUGGAGAGCAAAGAGCUCUAUCACCAGGAACAGAAGCUCUACAUCGAUAAGCUGAACGCUCUUCGUCGUCAGAAAGAGAAAUUAGAAGAGAAGAUCAUGGAUCAGUACAAGUUCUAUGACCCCACACCAAAAAAGAGGAGUCAGUGGUCUGGAGCCAAAGCUUUGGCUAAACUCAUCAAACCAAGAAAGGACAGCAGCAGGGAACGAGGCGGCGACCGAGACAAGGAAGGGGCCAAAGACCGAGAACGAGCCAAGAGCGCCCCCGAUAUUCCCCUACCUGCACCCCCGCCUUUACUCCCCCCAGAAAACCCACCCCCACCUCCCCAGAGGACAGGAAGUGAUUCCCAAGACAAUGGCCACACCCACAGUAAACAUGGUAACAACUGCGCCAGUCCCAGCCUGUUCCCCCAGAGUCCAGUGUUGACACCCAUCAGCCGAGGUUUGAUAGACAGAGGACGAGGGCUGUGUCGCAGCAGCACGGCUGGAGACAGCAGUGUCAUUGGCGAAGAUGUACAUGGACAAGGCCUAGCUCAAACCCACAAAGCUCUCAGUUCCACCCCAAGCCAUCAGUCAUCGUCACUCACCCUAAGCAGCUCCAGUUCUCCACUGGAACAAGGCGCCAGCUGCAGACCUAGAGGUAUGUUCUUUGAUGAAGACGAUACUGUGUUUGGUGCCCAUGGUCACAUGGGAGGUCGUCCGGGAUCAGCUGUCAGUCACCGCACCUCCAGCUCGAACUCACCUGUCAACUGCAAAGAUGCAUCGGACUGUCAGCUCUGGCCAGGUAGUCUGUCCAGCGAUGAUGUCAUGGGCCUUAGUCAAUCACACCAGACCUUGUCACGUAGUGUGACCCUCCCAUAUGACCACGUACCCCAGCGGGCCCAACCACAACGUGGAGGGAGGAACAGCAAUAGGCCACGACCUUCAUCUCCUGGAAGUGAAAUGGUGACACUGGAGGAGUUUCUGCAAGAGAGCAACUUGAAGUCACCACAAAUGGUUUCAGUUGGAAGCAGAGAGGACUUAAUGAAGGAUUACUUCACCAGAAGUCCAGCCCCAUCAGGUCCCACCAGCAGUGAUCAAAUCACCCCCACCAGUUAUGUCACGCCCACCGUACAGACAUCAAACCAGAGACCGGGUCAGAGUGUUAAGCCGUCACCCCGACAGCCUGUUGGUCAAUCUCCAGCCUCAGGUCGACCGAUAACGCAGAGAACCAACCGGUCACUUAGCAGGACGUUCAGCCUGGCCUCUGCUGAUUUGCUCCGCUCCAAUGGGCCGGACAGUUUUCACGGAAAUGGAGGCUCCCCUAACCAGUCAGAUUCGAUCAUUCGACGGCAGGGAGGAGGGGCAAGUGGAAGAGAGAGGCCACUCUCUGCCCGUUUGCCCGGUUCAACCAAUCAGCACGGCGAUGGCAGCUUCCUGACCUCACCCAUUCACCACUCGUCUUCUCUCACUCUGCAGACCGAGAGACACGUGGAGAGAGAAUGCGACAGAGGGCGGACUCCUGUGUCGCAUAAUGGCGCCCCCUCAUCUUACCAUCACCGUGGGGAGGUUGCCAUGGUAACCCCUGUGAGGGCCGUACCUGCUACCCAACUGGGUGACGCUUUGGAGCGGGUAGAGGGGCACUCAGGUGACUCCUAUCAAAAUAGAGACAGAGAGAGGCCAGAAUGUAGCUCUGUCGAACGCCCAAAAAGCACACCGGCGUCCCCUGACCCUAACAACGACCCCCAGACUGUGUGGUAUGAAUACGGCUGUGUCUGAAUACUGCAGCCAGUCAAGUAUCAAGCUUGCUGUCUGGAGAUGGGAACCAAAGGUCUCAAACUCUCAGACACAUGCAGUAUAUAUGGCUUUCCCAGUCUUUCCAAUGUGGACAACAUGGCAACAGUCACAAGUGUUGUUCAUCUUUAACUGGAAGUGGCAAAAUCCCCCCCAAAAAAAUGAAGCCGGAUUUUAAAACACCUCUUGGAGUUUGGCUUUCAUUUUGAAAGCUGAUGCUUCUCUUUUGGGUCCACAACAGAACUGGAGACUGCAAUCCAGCAAACAGUCGAAGCCUACAUGGAAAGGUUGUUUAUCAACGAAGGAGCCACCAAAGGAUUGUGUCAUGACAAGUGACUAUUAGAUAUUGCUCUUGGAUUUCAAAACAAAGGGUGCGUUCUCACUUAUCAUGUUUUCUUUGGUUAAAAAAAGAACUUUGUGUUCACACUUGACCAAAGCAAUCUGCUGAACCCUGGACCAAACUAGUGGACUAGUGGAGUCUGCCUGAGAGAUGGGUCUAGGUUCGAAUGGAAGUGGACUCUGCUGUGGUGCACCUCACUUGAGUGUGAGCGCCAACUGCUCCAACACACCAAAUUACAGAUAUGGCGUCACCAAAUGCAAGCAAACCCAGGCGACGGUUAGCAAAACUCAACAGAAAGCUGAGGGGAAAAUCACCAAAAACAAAUGAAGCAUAAAUCCAGUAGUUAAACGUACCUGGCUCUCGGUGGAGAUUGGAAGGGUUUGUCCCGGUUAAACAACGAACGGCCUUUAGUUUCUGUCUCAGCGUGCAACACUUUCCUGUGUGACACUUUACUGGGAAAAGAAUGGACAGUCCGAGUCCACACUAGUUCCACUUAAGCCACUGAGAAGUGCAGUUCAACAAGCCAUGGUAUGGCAAUCAUCAAUCAUGCUCGGAGAAUACUGUGAUAUCUUACUUUUAGGGGUGUAAUGGUACGCCAUAAUCACAGUUUGGCGUGUACCUCGGUUUAAAGUCACCGUUGGCUUUCUUUUGGGUACAAUAAGGGAACAAAGCGCAAAAGAAAACUUUUUAGCUUUUAUGUAAAUAGCUUAAAUGGUUUUUCAAAUGAAACAAAAGGUAAUUAUCCGAUAAAAACAAUUCUCAGAACUAAUAAUUUAAAAAAUAUAUCUGAAAUUAUAUAUAACAGUAAUUUGCAGGCGUAACGGUAACAGUUUGAACAGUGUGAUUAUUUUUUUAAAACAAUUUUUAUUGAAGUUCCUUAUUGUCUGAAAUGCAGCAUGAAUAGUUCCAGCUUGUAUCCGGAUCCCUGUCUCUGCUGAACAAUGCCGGAACACUGCUUUCUUAUCCACUUGUCUUUGUCCGUUUAUGUAUUUUACCUGGAAGGCCAAAUGUAAAAAAAAAAAAAAAAAAAACAGGAGACUUUGAUGACAGAAGCGGGUCUCCAGUCUCUGAACUAUCGCUAUUCCCUUGCCAGGACUCCCACACAGCCCGCAAGACUGGUCUGCACUGUAUUUGUUUAUCGAGUAGAAGAGUAACACAGGGCACACUUGUACCGUGUGGCAUAUCGGUACGUCUCUCUACCGAACCGAUUGUUCUGUACUGAAAAAUGAGAUUAUGAAUACAUGUACCAUUACACUCCUAUUACCUACCAAACUAAGGCCAUGUCCACACCAACAAGAAUACUUUCCAACUUUGCACAAUUUCCCCCCACUCUGAUGUAAAAAAAACAUACACACACAACAGGUGAGUUUAAAAUGUCUGUCCAUGUAAAAACACAUUCCCCAGCUCCUAUGUGCCUUUUAAGCCAAUUAGAAGCCUGAAGCACAGCGACCACAGCUGACCUUGUCUCCCAUUCUGCCAUUUGUCAAAUAUAGUAGUAACAUAGUUAAGUUGCACACACGGGUUGACCUCUGCAUGACAUUAAAUCAGCACCUGUAAGUCGUCGUCAUUAGUUGCAUUCUGUUGUUCAGUAGGAUUGAAAAACAUGAGAUCACGUUGCACAUAUCUUAGGACGAGCCAAAAAGCUGUUUUACCUGUUCAAACACAAACGCUGAUGCUAGAAUUUUAAAGAAAAGUUCAAUUUCUAAAGACAAAAGCCUACUUUUAAAUGUGGGUGAUAGGCCAAAAGGCAUAGAAAAAUAUGCCUUUUUUAAAAUAUCCGUGUUCAUAACCUAUUCCAAACUAUACUUUUUGGUGGAGACGGGGCUUUGGCCAUACGAAAGCAAACUAAUCGAUUUGGAGAGCACUGCAUUGUCAGGAGAUAAGUAUACAGUGUAUUCCUCUUUAAGUAUACUGGCGCAAGUAUUUGAUUUGACACACAGCCAAAAUAAAAAUAGUUGAACAACAACAAAAGCUGAAAGUCAGACUGUCCGGGCAGACAACUUGGUAUCCAGGUGAUGAUGUUCAUCGAUUCCAUGAUUAAGAAGCUGAGUGGCUGUACUACCUGGGCGGCGAAGACCCCAAGAAAGCACUAGAUAGAACAAUGACAUGGAACGUGAACUUGUUUACACUGGAGUUGUAAAGAUAACGGUAUGACCAGGAACCUUUCUUUUUUUCUUGACCCCUGUGGGAUGUGAAGCACAUUUCUAUAUGCAACAACCUAAAUUAUUGUCACUGUACAGUAACUGUACUUAGAAAACUGGAUUUUAUUUUUAAUUUUUUGGCGGGAAGGGGUACUUUUCUAAGGAUUAAUUUACUAUAGUUGAAAAUGCAUACCACUAACACAGCUGUAAUCUGCUUUAAAAAAUAUUCUUCUACAGGAUGUGUUUUAAUAUUUCUAGAUGUUGAUGCUUUAAAAUUGCAGAAAUAAGACUUUAAGAUGUAUUUAGUUGAUGAAACUGGAUUUUAAUUUUUAUUUUCUGUGAGGGGUGGGAGGUUGUAACAUUUCAAUUUGUGAUAGCUGAAAAUUCAUACCAAAAAACACAGUUGAUGUGUAAUCCGGUCAAAACCUAAAGAAGCUAAUUCCACUGGAAAAGGUUUAAUAUAUGUAGAUUUUGACGCAGUAAAAUGGUAGAAAUAAGAUGUACUUAGUUGAUGACUUGAUGGUGUAAAAUUAGAUCAGUGGUGCCACUUUCACUCCCCUACUUGAGUUUUAAUCCACUUUAUUCCAUCUGCACGAAGGCAGAUUGUGUGUUGGUGUGUUUGCUGAUCAGAAGAAAAUAUAUUGAAUUCCCCAAGGCUAUUUUUUACCGCCUGAAAUAACACCCUUGAAUGUAUCUGACUGUCUUGUGUGUGUGUGUGUGUGUGUGUGUGUGUGUGUGUGUGUGCGUGUGUGUUUCUUCGUCCACCCCUCCGAAGCACAGCACAUCUUCAGAUGGGAGAAGUGAGUGGAACUUAACUUGUUGACGGGGCAACUGUGAUGAGACUAUUCUUUUGAAAAGUGAUGUUAUGCUACACUCUGAAAGAUUGUGACAAUAAAGAUUUUUAACAGCGGUUAAUGCACUUUAUGCUGCAACAGAAAAGGGAAAUUCCUCAUAGAGAAUUGUCCAUGAUGUCAUGUAUGCUGAAGAAUUAAGAGCCAUGUCCCAAAGCUUUAUCCAUAGGAUUUGUUGUGCCUUUUACCUUCUGGCUCUCCAAAUCAUGUUCAUGUUAACAAUGAGAAGACUGUAAAAAGGUUGGCUAAUGGACCAAACAGAGAACCACCCUCAGCUUUUCAGCUUCUUAAAAUAACUUUUGUUUUUCCGAUAGAACCAGUGAAGGUUAAUUUCAUUGUUGUCCGCCACAUUGCCAGUGUGGCCUACAGGAGAAGAUGGUCCUUGCAGCUAUUCUCAAACAUCUGAAAACCACAUAGCCUGACAUAUUUUGGCAGUGUGUAAGAAACUGCAGCCAUGGCGAAAACACGGCAUUGCAGUGGUGUCCAAAGUGUGUCCCGGGGGCAAUGUUGUGGUCCGCAGCUCAAUUUUAGUUGGCCCCAAGGGAAUCUUCUAUACAUAAAACUAAACUUGUAACAUUAUGAAGAAGGAUUAAGGCCAUGUUGAAAAGAGAAAGUAAAAUAUUGAGAAAUAUUGAAUGUUUGAACAAAAUAUCAUACUAACAAUAAUUAUUGAAAUAUACUGCUCAAAAAAAUUAAAGGAACACUUCGAAAACAUAUCAGAUCUAAACUGGGGGGAAAAUG